GAGGCUGGAUUUGAACUCAGGACCUCCUGAAUCCAGGGCCAGUGCUUUAUCCACUGCGCCACCUAGCUGCCACUUAUUUCUGGAUUUUGAAAGGAUUUUCAGGAGGACACUCCUGGAUCCAUCCAGAGCAGGUAGUCUAACGUCAAAGUGAGAUCUUGGAGGACUAACUAAAGAUGGACAACGCAACUGCUGGUAACAGAACAGAAUGCCCUCUGAAUUCUCUAAUCACACAAUAUAUCAUUCCCCUGCUCUACUGCUUUGUCUUUGUGGGUGGGAUUCUGCUCAAUGGAAUAUCCGCGUGGAUCUUUUUUUACGUUUCCAACAGCAAGAGCUUCAUCGUCUACCUCAAGAACAUUGUGGCAGCCGACUUUCUGAUGAGUCUCACUUUCCCAUUCAAAAUUCUGAGCGAUUCCAAACUAGGGCCCUGGCAGCUGAGCAUCUUUGUGUGCAAGGGUUCUGCGGUGGUCUUCUACGUCAACAUGUAUGUGGGAAUCGUGUUUUUUGGGCUCAUCGGAUUUGACAGGUACUACAAGAUCGUAAAGCCCCUUCUGGCCUCCUUUGUCCACACGGUCGGCUACAGUAAGAUCCUCUCUCUUUUCAUCUGGGCCCUGAUGCUAUUCCUGGCCAUCCCCAAUAUCAUUCUGACAAAUCAGAGUGUGAAGGAAGAAGACAACGUCAAGUGCAUGGACCUCAAAAACGAACUGGGGAUCAAGUGGCACACGGCCUCCAACUACAUUUUUGUGAGCAUCUUCUGGAUUGUGUUCCUUCUGCUGAUCAUUUGUUACACGGCCAUCACGAGGAAAAUCUACCGCUCUUACCUUAAGUCCAGAAGGAACUCCAUCUCUGUCAAGAAAAAGUCCAGUCGCAACAUCUUCUGCAUCAUGUUUGUUUUUUGUGUGUGUUUUGUCCCUUACCACAUUGCCCGAAUCCCCUACACCAGAAGCCAAAUUGAUGGACAUUAUGACUGCCAAUCCAAAGAGAUUCUCCUCUACACAAAAGAAUUCACCCUGUUGCUAUCUGCGGCCAAUGUGUGCCUGGACCCCAUCAUUUAUUUCUUUCUCUGCCAACCAUUUAGAGAAACUCUGAGGAGUAAGUUCCACUUCAGGUUAAAAGUGUUGCAUAGCCCAGAAAUGUCCAAAACCAAGAGAAGCAAUGAAAUGUUGGAUAAUGCAAUUCUGGAUAGCACAGAUACGCUCUGA